GUAUUGGUUUGCUUGCAAUCCGAGAUCGUCUCACAGUAAACAUCGACGAAUGACGUAAAUUGUUUUUUUUUGCUCUUGUCGACGUUGGUUUUUAAUUUUUAAAGCCAAAACACACUAAACCAAAGAAUUCAUGUGAUUUUUGCGUUGUUUGUAUUCACGACUUGGCGCCGCCAACAAAAUUUUCUAAUUGCCUUUAUUUCAUUCUAAAUGUGAUUUGAAAUGUCCGUAUUUUCUGUGGCGUAUUUAAUAAUUGUCAUCUCUUUUAUUCCUUGCCAUCAAUCAGUUUGAAGAGAACCGGCGCCGAGGUUGAGAUCAAAUGAAAUGUCUGCCACAUUAUUGCGAUUCAGUUUUUGUGCGAAGAAUUUGUCGAAAUGGAAUUUGGUUGCGACCCAGAUAAAUCGAACAUUUGCAUCACGAUCCGGCAAUUUAUCGGCUGAUGCAACAGCCGCUGCAGCUACAUCACGCAAAAUCGAACUGAAAGAACCCAUUGGCAGCGAUAAACUACAGAAUCUCUUUGACAACGAAGUGAAAAAUGGUGAUAUCGUUCCGGUUUUUAAACGUGCACUUCUUUAUGGUAACAAAAUCGCUGUCAAAGAUCCAACCGGCGAAUAUUCAUAUCGACAAAUCCUUGAAGCCGCUCGCAAAUUAUCCAUUGAACUAUCGGCACAUAGUAACGUGUCAGCAAACGAAACCAAAGUAGCCUUUCUCUGUUCGAAUUCAGCGGUAUACUCGGUGGUGCAAUGGGCUUGCUGGAUUUCAGGUCAAACCGCGGUGCCAUUGAGUUCACGUCAUCCGCCGGAGUUGUUGAAGUAUUAUGUUGGUGAUUCUGAUGCGCAAAUCAUCGUAACAACACCAGAGUAUCAAGCAAAAUUGAGGCCCGUUGCUGAGGCAUUGGGUCGCAAAGUCAUUUGUCUGGAUCACAGUUGCAUUCCAAGCGAAGCCGAUUUCAAUCCAACCGAAGAAUACAAUGUAAUCGAUAUCAACAAUCAAUUUUCCACCGGUCAAUUUUAUCGCAAUUCCAACGCAUUGAUUCUCUACACAUCUGGUUCGACCGGAUUGCCAAAGGGAACCGUCAUUUCACACAAGAAUAUCCAAUCACAAACGCUAACACUGACCAAUGUGUGGCGAAUCAAUGCUCAAGAUAACAUAUUACAUGUGUUGCCAUUGAAUCAUGUGCACGGAUGUGUAAAUGCGCUGCUGUGCCCUCUGAGCGUUGGUGCCAAGGUGAUAAUGCAUCAGCAAUUCGAUCCGACAGCCGUAUGGAGUAAAUUGUUGAACAUAAACACACCGACCAAAAAUCGAAUCAACGUAUUUAUGGCCGUUCCAACGAUUUACAGCCUCUUGAUCGCCGAGUAUGAAAAGGCAUUCGGCAAAAAUGAUCGAAUGGUCGAGUACAUUCGUGAAUUGUGCGAAAAGAAAAUCCGACUAAUGAUUUCUGGAUCGGCGCCAUUGCCAACCAACGUAUUCACUACGUGGCAACGAAUAACCGGCCACAAAUUGCUUGAGCGAUACGGAAUGACGGAAAUCGGAAUGAUUCUCUCGAAUCCAUACUACAUUGAUGCAAACAGAGAUCGAAUCCCUGGCUCAGUAGGGAGUGUUCUUCCCGACACCACCGUCAGAUUGGUGAACGACAAGCGUAUCAUAUGCGAGGUGAAAGGUGAAUACGGUAAAGGACUAUGGGCACCACCAGCCACAACACAAACAAAUUUCAAAUUCACAGCACCAAAACCAGCGACGAUCGAAGGCAGCGCAAACAAAGCCACCGAAACGAACAAUAUGAUUGGUGAGGUGUAUGUGAAAGGGCCAUCAGUAUUUGUAGAGUACUAUAAAAAACCGGACGAAACAAAGAAUGCAUUCGAAGAUGGUUGGUUUAAAACGGGCGAUGUGGCCAAAUAUGAAAAUGGCAUUUUCAAAAUUCUCGGACGAUCAAAUGUAGACAUUAUCAAAACUGGUGCGUACAAAGUGUCAGCAUUGGAAAUUGAAACACACCUAUUGGAGCAUCCAUCGAUAGCUGAUGUUUGCGUUGUUGGUGUGCCGGAUCCAACGUGGGGCCAAAAAAUUGCCGCUCUCAUUGUUUGCAAAGAGAAUUCAAACGAAAAUGCUGACGCAUUGACGCUACCAAAAUUGCGCGCUUGGUGCGAAGAACGAAUUGCCUCCUAUCAAAUACCGUCAAUCAUUAAGCUAAUGGACGAAAUACCACGGAAUGCUAUGGGCAAAACCAACAAAAAAGAGAUCGUCCGUGAUUAUUUCGCCGAAAAGGAUCGAGCAUAACACUGUUUUGAUUUUUGAUUUGUGGGUUUUUUUUUUCUUCUUGGAAUUCAACAGAUUUUCCUUUUUCUUUUUUCGUAUGGAAUGGAAACAACGUGAGCACACACUUUCUUUUUGGGAGCAACCAAUUCAACAUUGCUUAUUCGUAUGCGUGAUACGGAAUUAUCGAUUCGGCAAUAAAAUAAAAAUACAAAAGCAGAAACCGAAUCGCAUAAUUUAUACGAAACACAUUUUAUUCGAAUAUUUCAUUAUUACUAAAACAUAUAUAAGAUUCAUUGAUAUUUCAAGUUUCUCAUCAUUAUAUGCGCAUCUAUUAUCGAAAAAAUAAAAUAUGAAAAACAAAAAUAAAUAAAUAUGUACAUUGAAACGAAAA